GCAUUGGAGGAUCAUCUUGGACAUCUUCGACGAGUGUUGGAGAUGCUCCGCCGCGCCAAGUACAAGGCCUGUCUCUUAUACACAUCUAGAUGUGUAUAAGAGACAGCCUUUUGGCCUCACCAACGCCCCGACGACCUUUCAAGCGGCAAUGGCCAACGAGUUUCGUGCAAUGUUGGACCGGUUCGUGCUGGUCUACUUAGACGAUAUUCUCGUCUAUAGUCGGGCAUUGGAGGAUCAUCUUGGACAUCUUCGACGAGUGUUGGAGAUGCUCCGCCGCGCCAAGUACAAGGCCAACCGCGACAAGUGCGAAUUUGUCCGGCAAGAGCUGGAAUACUUGGGCCAUUUUGUCACACCGGAGGGCAUCAGUCCGCUAUCGGACAAGAUUCAAGCCAUCCAAGAGUGGUCGGAGCCUCGGAACAUCACGGAUGUGCGCUCGUUCCUUGGCCUCGUCGGCUACUAUCAGCGUUUCAUCAAAGGCUACUCAAAGAUCGUGGCCCACUUUACCAAGCUUCAGUACGAGGAUCGGUCGUUUGACUUCGGAGAGGAGGCGCGGGAAUCAUUUUUGGCUCUCAAAGCCGCGCUAUUAUCUGCAGAGGUCUUGCGCAUAUACGACCCGCUUUUGCCUACGCGCGUCACUACGGAUGCGUCCGGCUAUGGCAUUGGUGCCGUCCUCGAGCAACACGAUGGCGUGGACUGGCACCCGGUCGAAUAUUUCAGCAAGAAAGUGCCCGUCGUGCACUCCAUUGACGAUUCACGCAAGAAGGAGUUCCUCGCCUUCGUCCACGCGCUCAAGCGGUAGCGGCAUUUCCUCCUUGGUCGAAGCCAAUUCCGAUGGGUAACGGACAACAAUCCGUUGGUCUUCUAUAAGACCCAAGACACCGUCAACAGCACCAUCGCUCGAUGGAUGACUUUCAUCGACCAGUUCGACUUCUUUCCCGAUCACAUUCCCGGGAAGUCGAACCGUUUUGCGGAUGCUCUUUCACGGCGUCCGGAUUCUACCGCGGCCUACUCAACCUUCGAGAUCGACGACGACCUGCGGAACAGUUUUAUCCGCGGCUACCAAGCCAACCCCGAG